AUUUAAACAAUAAGUUUAUGUAAGAUAAGGAAAUAGACAUCCUCAUUACAGUCCCAGAAUUCAAGAAAAAUGAGGAUUUAGUCUAAUAUCGAGUUCAGUAAAAUAAAUCACUAAUUUUAUUAGAUUUCAAAACUUAAAGUCACUUUAAACAUUCGAAAAUCAUUAUAGAUAUUCAGAGCUUAAAAGAUUUCAUGAAACCUUAGAAACAUUAAAAGUUGACUUACCUGCAUUUCCAGGAUCUUAUUGGUGGAAAUCUGUCAAUUCUAAUAUUUAACUUAUAUAACAAAGAUAAUAGCUACUUGAUUCAUAUUUCAAAAAUUUGACCCAAAUCAAACUAGUUAGAGAAUCAUUAAUAUAUAAAAACUUUAUUUUAGUUGCCCAAAAGGAAAGUGAUAAAAAAGCAUAAAAGGUAUUUUAAAACAUUAUAUUUCAGGAGAACAAAGAGAAAGCAAAAAUACCUGAGAAUAAGGUCAAAAGAAAAAGAAAAUUAGAAUAGUUUGGUUAAUUCAUAACUCCUAUGCCAAAUCCAGUGAAUUUGCCACCUACUCCUGAAGAUCGAAAAGAAAGAUCUUAAUCUGUUGAGCACAAACCAGUAAAUAGCAUGUAAAGGAAUGAAAGAAAAAAAGCAAGUAAAUAAUAAUAAUCACCUGUAUUAUAUUGAUAAUAUCUAGGUCCUUAAUUUUGGAGGAUCCAAAAUAUUCAGAGGCAUAUUGUCAAAUGCUGCUAAAUAAUGAG